ACCACCACCACACCCCAGUCCCUGGAUGGCUUCAGCACAACAGUCACGUGACAUCCUUUAAAUGAGGUUAACUGGAGCAAGCCAUGCAGAUAGAUAGUAAGACGUAGGUUGAUGUACAGCAUUGGGGGCUGAAACCACGGCGAACUGACAAGAUGGAAACACAUCCGAAAGAGCCUAGUGAUGAUGCUGUUUCCGGGACUUCUGCUGGCGACGUACAACCCAAUGUGAAUGAAGGGACGCAGCACAUGGCUUCGCCAACAGCUCAUCUGGCAUGCUACAACUUCUCAAACUCCCGUAACGUCUCGCUGUCGUUCGGGGACGUCACAUGUAAAGGGUGUCUCUCGCAAGAGAGUGUCCGGAAUCGUGUUCAGGCACUGGAGGAGGUAUUCGUUGGCGUCCAUACACUCGGGACAACAAGGCAUCUGCUUGACAAGCAUGGUCAUGUCAGCAUAUGCGGAGCCCCUGGAGACGGGAAGACAAGCAUUGCAUUGAUGUUGUGUGAGGAAUAUCGUAAUCAAAACUAUGAAACAUUGUUUGUAGAAAACAUUGAACAUUUUGAAGUUGAUACAAUCACUGAACGACGAUCUAACAUGAUGAUCGUGUUUGAUGACAUAUUCGGCUGUGUCACAUUUCCAGUAAACCUCGAGAAAAUUAACAGAGUUUUGAGGGUCCUCGCUGACAGUUUGACUGCACCAGACGGAAAACACGACGAGAAGAGGAGGAGGAAGAAAAAAGACCCAGAGGAAGGCCCAGAAUCUGAGGAUACGAGUUCUAGCCAUGCAUUCAAACUUCGUUUCAUUUUCACAUCGAGAACCUACAACUGGAAUGAGGGGUGUUCAAAGUUCCACCAAUACAAGAUAAAUCUCUUCAGCACAGAGACCAUUAUAGACUUGACUAAAGACUUUCUGACCCCCGAUGAAAAGAGAUUACUCCUAUCGUCAUUUAAGAAGAAAGCUCAAAAUUGUGAUAUGUCUGAUGAGAACAUCAAAGCAAUCAUUCAUUCACAAAAUAGUCAGUUUGGGUUUCCUCUUAUCUGUAGCCUGUUCUUCCCCAACCCUGUGUUUCAGAUGCACAGCGUGGACUUCUUCCAGAACCCUGUUACCUGCUUGAGAGGUGACCUUGACGCCAUCAUCCGAGAAGGCAGCAACAGAUCAGCAGCCCUCAUACUCCUCAUCCUGUGUGAAAGGAAUCUCAACCUUGUCACACUUCAGACAGGAACAGGAGGAAAAGGUACAGACCUGUUCCACGUUGUGAAAGAGACAGUACCAUCCUGUACACGAACCAACGUUUGCAAAGAGAUUGUAAACUUUGCUGGAACAUAUUGUAUAGUUGAGGACCACAUCGCUUCCUUCUCUCACCCGUCGGUAUAUGAUGCUGCAGCAUGUGCGCUAAGUCACCUGAAUCUUGUGCUGUUGCUGCAGUACUGCUCUCUGAAGUUCUUGAAUGAGCGUGUGAGACUGAAGAAGACGCUUCAGACAUCAACUACUGAUGAUGUCACUAACAUGAUUUACAUCAGCCCUGCUCUAUACCAAAGUGUCGUAGAUAGAAUUGCUGAAGGUAUCCGACAGAAAUGUUUCAAAUGGACAGUCACACAUCCUGCACUCAGUAACGACACCAUUGCCUCGUCCCUUGUGGCCCAAUUGGGUGGUGAGUUGACAAGGAUAGUGCAACAGACAGACAAAACCUUUGGGAAGUGUUUUCUGUAUUGGACGUCACUGACAUAUAAUAAUGCACUGUUUAACAGCACUUUGGAAAUCAUGUGUAGAAAGAAAAUGAUCUACUUAAAUCGAAUAAGGAAUUUGUUUAGGAAAGACUCGAUAAAACGCGAACAAGAUCUGUUUUACUGUGCAAUAACGUGCAUAGAAUGUGGAGAUCUGUACAAACUGCAACAAAUUACAUCUUUACUGAAGCGGGAUAGGAAAUUUGAGGUCAACUUUAAAUCACCCAAGAGCAAAACACUUCUCUUAAUUGCUGCUGAGUCAGGACAUGUUGAUGUUUUCAAUUUCCUGCUUCAAGAACAGGCAGACAUUUUGCUAACUGAUCGUGAUGGCAUGACUUGUCUUCAUUACGCCUGUAAAUCAGGGAAGCAAGGAUAUAACCGAAGUUAUCCUGAAAGUGUCUCCUGGUAUGACCAAUGUCACUGAUUGGAUGGGAAACACAGCAGCAGGAAUAAGUGCAGAGUCUGGUUAU